AUGCUAUCUGGGGCAUUUUUAAAAGACAUUCUUACAUAUUUAAAUGUACUUAAUAUUGAGUUACAAGGACAUAACAAGUUAAUUUGUGAUCUGAUAUCAAGUGUAUCUGCUUUCCGACGAAAACUUGAAAUCUUUGAAGAAGAUAUAAAAAAUCAAGAUUUUAUUCAUUUUCCAACAAUCCUUGGAUAUAAAAAGAAUUCCGACAUAGACUGCAGUAUGUUUUUAAGUUUUUUGUCGGACCUUGGUGAAGAAUUUGGUAAGAGAUUCAAAGACUUUGCAGAAAUUGGAAAACUGUUUCAAUUUUUAAAAAAUCCGUUUGAAGUUUCUCCGACUGGAGAAUGGAUUGACGUUGCUACAAAAUUAUUCAGACUUCCAAAAUCUUCACUUCAAAUGGAAAUUAUUGAUUUGCAAGAAGAUAUCUCAUUGCAAAUGAAUAAGACUUCGUCUACUGAAGAUUUUUGGAUAAAACAUGUCUUGGAUAAAUACAUGAACUGUAAAACCCUUGCCAUAAAAUUAGCUACUAUGUUUGGCUCCACUUAUGCUGGGCCGAAAGAAGGAAGAAUUUUUGACGGACUUGUCGAGAGGCCUGACGAAAGUGCAUGGAAGGCGACACGUUUUAGCCCCGUGCCCCCACCUCAGGUGAUACCAGCACCAUCCUUUGGUGUGGAGCGUGACUGA